UUAUUCAGAGUUCUCUGCACAGGACACAUUCUGGGUAGAGGUGGAAGGCUUCCUAAGUCAGAAAGAAACGUCCAAAGCCAGAUUCCCAAGGAGAAAUGAGCACCAAGGGGAAAGUUAUUAAGUGUAAGGCAGCUAUUGCCUGGGAAACUGACAGGCCCCUUUGCAUUGAAGAAGUUGAGGUGUCGCCCCCCAGGGCUCAUGAAGUUCGAAUUAAGAUAAUGGCCACAAGUGUGUGCCCUACCGACAUCAACACUCUCAAUCCUAAAAAGAAGGCUCUUUUCCCAGUGGUCCUGGGUCAUGAGUGUGCAGGAAUUGUAGAAAGCAUUGGGCCAGGAGUGACCAACUUCAAACCAGGUGACAAAGUGAUUCCAUUCUUUGCACCUCAAUGUAAGAAAUGCAAGUUCUGUCUGAGUCCACUCACAAAUCUCUGUGGAAAGCUUCGUAACUUUGAAAAUCCUACUAUUGAUCAAGCACUAAUGGAAGACAGUACCAGCAGGUUUACCUGCAAAGGAAAACCAAUUUACCAUUUCAUGGGAGUCAGUUCGUUCUCUCAAUAUACUGUGGUGUCAGAGGCUAAUCUUGCCAAAAUUGAUGAUGAAGCAAACUUAGAGAGAGUUUGUCUGAUUGGAUGUGGGUUCUCAUCAGGCUAUGGGGCUGCAAUCAAUAACGCCAAGGUCACCCCGGGUUCCACUUGCGCUGUCUUUGGCCUCGGAUGUGUGGGUCUUUCUGCUGUAAUUGGGUGUAAAAUAGCAGGAGCUUCCAGAAUUAUAGCUGUUGACAUCAACAGUGAGAAGUUUCCAAAAGCCAAAGCCCUGGGAGCUACCGACUGCCUUAAUCCCAGAGACCUAAACAAACCCAUCCAGGAUGUCAUCACUGAACUGACAGGCGGAGGUGUGGAUUUCUCCUUGGACUGUGCAGGAACAGCUCAAACCCUGAAAGCAGCCAUGGAUUGUACAAUGUUACGUUGGGGAUUAUGCACAGUGGUUGGAGCAAAAUUUGAUGAAUUGACUAUUUCCACAGUGAACCUAAUAAUGGGCCGUUCUAUAAAUGGAACAUUCUUUGGUGGUUGGAAAAGUGUAGAUUCUGUCCCAAAUCUGGUUAUUGACUACAAGAAUAAGAAAUUCGAUCUGGACAUAUUGGUGACCCAUGCCCUACCUUUUGACAAAAUCAAUGAGGCAAUUGACCUGCUGAACCAAGGAAAAAGCAUCCGAACAAUUCUGACCUUUUGAAGAUGCCAGGAGCAAUUUGGAAUAUGAUGUGAUUGGAUCUGAGCCUGUCUGGUUAAUUUAUUACCUCAUAUAAUGAGCUGAAGGAAGCUAUGAGUUUUAAACAUAAAUUAACUAUAAAUGGUAUGGCAUCUAUGCCUACAAAAUAUAUUCAAAUUAAUAUAUUUCCUACAUUAAGUAACUAUGAUUCUGGGCCUGUAACAUGGAAGAAGUCAUGAGUUUGUUACCCAGAAAAAUAAAUGAAUGAAUGAAUGAGAUAAAUGAAAUGUUUGUGAAUAGAAUCAUAUAAUGCUUAAGAAUUGUUUAAAACUAUGUCUUGGAAGUGACUAUGGAGAAUGACAAAAUAAUGAGAUUGCCUUAUGUUUAUAAUUUAAGCAGGGUGGUGAAUAUAUGGAGUUCCAUUAUAUUGUUCUCUCCACUUCUAUGCUGACAGCUUUCCACAAUAAAAAGAUUUUUACUGGAAAUUUUUAA